CUUGAGACCAUUUGUCACAUAAUACUUGUCAGUGUUUAUCUAGUAGUAAGCCCCUGGUUCUUACAUAAAGGAAAACACAACGCAAAUUACGAAUCAACUGUAAACCGUUAAUAUGGUUUUAAUUCAUAUAAAACAUAAAGACGAAAGUCAAUUUCUAUACGAAACAACCCUAAACACAACUGUUGAAAGUCUGGUUACUUCUGUUGUGGCUGUAUAUAAUGGAAGAUUAAAGGUGGAGAGAAUUUGUAGUGAAAUGGAGGAAUUAUCGAAAUACGGUACUUUAUAUCCUCCAGAUAUUCUGGGACUAAAUGAAGACCAAGUAGAAGAAUUAAAACUUGUAGAUACAUGGGGCGAAAAGUGUAUACCAAGUGGUGGUUUUGACUAUAACAAAGACCCCAUAGGAAGGAGAAAUGGAAAACGACCAAAGAAAAAUAUGCAAGAUGUUUUAGUGAAAGCUGUGACCGAAGCAAAAGAAAUGAUUUCAAAGAAUCUUGUGUUACAAGGAAAGUGUCUCACAAUGAAAACAGUUCAGGAAGCCAUAAAUCUUCUUAAAGGAGCCGUCACCAUUGUUUACCCCAUGAAACUACCACCUCACGAUGUCAUACGUAUGGAGUUUGAAAAUAUUGAAGACCUUUCUGGAACUCAAGCCUCAUUAGACGUUAUUGAUCCUACUACAGCGCAAAUAUGGUUCUGUGGGAAAGAAAUGUAUAGAGACAACAAAACUGUUGGAGAUUAUGUGGGAAAGAUAGAAAAAUCGAAAGUGGUUAUGAAAAUUUCAAAACGUGGCUCUGGACCUCCAGGUCGGGAACCGGUUAUGACCGAAGAAGAACGAAAACAACUGAUGUAUCAUGCGUACAAAAGGCAAGAGGAAUUAAAGAAAUUAGAUAAGGACGACGAUGAUAAUUAUAUGAAUUCAGAAUGGGCUGAUAGUCAGAUGAUGAAAAGGACUUUCCAUGGUUUGAAUAAUAUUUCAUGGCGGCCGUAAUUGUAUAUCUAGUGGUAUAUUUUGUAUUUUUUCUUGAAUAAACU